CCUCCAGUCAAAACGGAGCCAUAUGAGGUGAACCUGCUUUACUUGCGGUCACAGUGGAUGCAUUGUGGUGGUCAGCUAACGGCGGUAUAUUAACUUAUCAUGAUAUCAGCUAGCGCGGCGGCUAGUUAGCUAACUCAGUUGGCCAUCGCGGCGUUUACAAGACUUAGCUAGCAAACUGGCUGUUUCGUUUGAUCGAUGUUGCUGGCGGAUGAAUUUAUUGUUUCCCAUCAUGUCGAUAUCGUUCCGUUAUUUUUAGCUAGCACUGCAUGCUAGCGCAGCUAAUAGCGGUAGGCAAAGCGUGACUAAUCGGUCUGUUGUUUGAAAAACAAUACAAAUGGAAGAGUGGCAGGACGCAGCCUCUCAGCAGGUCAAGCUGCUUACAAACCGUCUGAAUGAACUGUUGUCCAAAGGCCUGGAGCUGCUGCGCUCUGAGCUCGGCGUGGAUUUGGGACUGAAGCCUGAGCUUAUUCCGCCAUGGAUGAUCCUCUUAGCGGCAUGUACCGGGCUGGUGCUGAUGGUCGCUCUGUGGGCCUCGGUCUGUCGGGCUCUUUUCAAGAAGCGUCCGGCCGUGAGCUCGGUGGACGACGGAAUAGAAGUAAAACGAAGUGUCAGUAAACCUGUCAAAGCCGAGGAACCGAAGAAAAAGAAGAAGAAGGCAGAAAAGGCACCUCAGCCAAAUGGAAGAGCUGUAGCUGAACCACAGGAAGAAGCCAUAGUGUCGGAGGAGAUACUGCCACAUCACCAGCCGCCCCCAGCUGAAGUCAAGGCUGAAAAGGUUACUGAGACAAAGAAAUCCAAGAAGAAGGCCAAACAGGCCGUAAAGGAGACCAAGACGGUGACUGCAGAUGGGAAAGAACCAGAAGAAGGCACAUGGGAAACCAAGGUCAGCAACAAAGAGAAACGUGAGCAACGCAAGAAAGAUAAGAGCUCCAGCGAUGGUUCGGCCAGUCCCGGAGGAGGGGACACACCUGUGAGUGCUCCCCCAGAGCAGCCCAAGGCCUCUGCAGCACCUGCCAACCAGAAGAAGAAAAAAGGAGAGUCCGCAAAAGUGAAGGCAGAGAAGGUGGAAAAUGUUGUGUCUCAAGCUAACAACAGUGAGGCUGCAGAGGUGGUUACUGCUGCGACUGACAUGUUAGUCAAGGUUCCCGCUCACACUGUUGCCCCGAAGACAGACCCCUGGACGGCCAGCAGGGAGUCAGCGCCACUGUGGAGGUCGGGGAUUGAUGAGUCGUGGACGGUGAUUGACAGAGGGAUGCCUCCAACAGAGCUAAAUCUGGUGUCUUUAGGUGGACUGGGAGUUGGUGCUGCAGAGCCUCAGACUGUGAGCGACCUGACAUGGCUCAGUCAGCCCAGAGUGGACGAUGAGUGGUCUGGACUCAAUGGCAGCUCAGUGGACCCCAGCUCUGACUGGAACGCUCCCGCUGAAGUCUGGGGAAACUAUGAAGAGCCCACCCUUGAGCCGCCGCCUGCUGCUCUGGAGCAGCACAUCCCUGAGCCAGCAAAGGUCGAUCUGCUGAUUGCAGCCGCCGAGGAUGAUGAAGAUGAGAAGGACAAGGCAGAGUCAGCUGCUGAUGGAGCUGCUAAAACUAAGAAGAAGAAAAAGAAGAAGAAGAAGGCUGCUGAGGAGGGAGGACCAGCUGGACAGGUGGAGGAGCCAGAGAAGGAAACGGCACCUGCAGCCCCAGUGAAGAAGCAGCAGCAGCAGCCACCUGUUCAGGAAAUCCCUGCAGCCGUCCAGCCCGUCCAUGCAGCUGCCGUAGAGGCGAGAGUGGAGCGGCCGGUGAAGGACAACAAAUCCCAGAAACCCCCUGUCACACAAGUGCCACAGAAGUCGACUGACGGAGAGCCCACUGCCAAGCAGAACAACCAUCCUGCUCCAGCACAACAAAAAAAGCCUGAGGAGAGCCAAGCGCCCAAACCAGCAAAGAAGAAGAAGGCGAGGAGAGAGACAUGAGACAGUCCACCCCUGCAGACCUCUGUAUGCAAAAGACUCCAUAUCCUGUUUAUGCAACACCUUUUGUGGCAAGAACUUUGAAUUAAAGUCUUCAUGAUGGACUUUACCUUAAAACCUGUCUGGAAAAUGAAACAACUUUUGUACACAUCAUGUGUCAGUUGGCGGAUCAUUGAAAACUGAAACUAGAUGCAGUGCAAUCUAAUGUAAUGCGGUGUUAAUGAUUUUUAAGUAUGCGUUUGAUACUCUGAUUCUGUCUUCUAAUUCCACUGAAUCAAAUAACUGAUGGAAGGAGCUGUACUGUAGUAAUUAGACAUAGAAAAUACUGAUCAUGUUUAGAAACGUGUUGUCGUGGUGGCUUCCGAACGGAGUUUACUGUGUAGAAGAAGAGAAACGGUCGAUGUGCAUCAGGUCACACAACACUGGCCUUCGCUUGGCAGGCUUUUAUUUUGCUCUGUCAUUUGUGAGCUGCAACGGUACAAAGAGCAGAGAGAUCAAAUGUUAAUUUCACGUCAACGGUUGUGACGUAAACGAGCGUCAGAACAUGCAGAAAAGGGAAUCAUGUCCGCUCUGUAUUUUCGCGUUGUUACCUGUGAUUCGGGACAUUUUGUCGACUGUCCAUCCGGUUUGUCCCUCGUCUGAUGUUGUGCUGCAGUGUGUCUGUUCUUCCUGUCUGUUACUGCUUUCUGGCUGCAGCUGUGUGGAAGCCUUCGAUCGUAGACGUACCGUUGCAGUGUCAUCAACCUCUUCAUGACUUCCCACCUGUGGGUGAUUCAAAAGUCUUCAGAACCUUUUGUAAAACCUGUUUGUAAUAAAAGAAAAGCUAAAGCCAUAUGUAAAAAGACUAAAUAAAGGCCAGUUUUUCUAA